AUGUUCAAAAGCGAAGCAGCAAAGGGUUUUGAUCCCUCCUCCAUCCCUCCAGCCGACUUCGUCACCUCCAGACGGCAAGAGGGGUUUUCCAUGAAAAGGGUGCAACAAGAACACGCAGCCAGUAGCGAGCUCUCGCCUUUGCUCCUUCAUGCGCGCCUUAUGACGGACGUGGACGACGGUAUUCUUUUCCAGUCUGUGAGCGAACAGCGAGCGACGCAGGACAGUUGCGAGUCCUGCCUCAGCGAAACUCAGUCUGCAGCAGAGGACCGAGGGGGGGGGGGGGGGGGGGGGGGGGGGGAGAGAGGGCAGGGGCAGAGGCAGAGGACCGAGGGGGGGGGGGCAGAGGACCGAGGGGGGGGGGGGGGGGCACGCUUCACUGGCUCUGAUCGCAGCAGAGGAUCCAUCAUCUCCACGUCACUGUCAGUCUCUGAGCACUCUGGGUAA